AUGGCUGGCGGCAAAGCAAAGUACCGUCACUUGGGCCGCAAGUCCUCGCACCGACAGGCCUUGCUCCGCAACCUGGUUACCUCGCUGUUUGAGAAUGAAUCGAUCACGACAACAUGGGCCAAGGCCAAGGAGGCACAGAGGUUGGCGGAUAAGUUGAUUACCCUGGGCAAGAAGAACUCCGAGGCUAGUCGGAGACGGGCACUGGAGAUUUUCUAUAAACCCCACGACAUCCUUCCCAAGCUCUUCGGUCCCCUCCGCGAACGCUACGCCGAUCGACCAGGUGGCUACACCCGUGUUCUCCGCGUCGAAUCCAAGGAGAAAUAUGAAUACUACUCCGUCCGCCGGGGUGACAAGAACGCUGUUCCCGAGCGCAAACCCGCCGACCAAGCGCCUAGCGCAAUUCUCGAACUCGUCGACGGACCCAAGGACAUGCGGUUCGCGAUGACGGCGCGUGCAAUUGCACGCCAACGCGAAGAGGGCCUGAAAGAGCACGAGCUCACGUCUUUGAAUAAGAAGAAGGUCACGCAGUUCCGGAAGGACGGUGUUGAGGCGCUGGAAGAUGCUGUUGCGAAGUUGCAGAUUCGGGACUCGGAGCGUGAGGGAUCUGCUCUUCCUGAGGGUGAGGAGUCGAAGUCUGCGCAGGAAGAGGCGCGGCGAGGUGCGGCUCAGGCUGGUCGGCUGGCUAAGGAGGUUGGUGAGAUUAAGUCCACGCAGUGA